AAAGCUUUGGCAUUAUUAGUGGGUGUACAUGCAUGUGAGGUAUCAUUCAUGUAAUAACUACUAACCUUUAUGUUAAUUUGACCAAUCUUAUUACAACCUCAUCUUAGAGGCCAAAUCAUUCGAACCUCCACUAACAACAAUCGUUCACAACAUCGAAAGACUCAUGUUAGUUUGAAGAAAUUCCUUGUUUUAACACCCAAGGCACUCGAAACUUUGAUUAAAGCUUUGACACUAUUCAUGCUUUCUUCGCUCAUUGACUUCAAAUCGAGAAACGGUUGAAUCCAGUGCGUUUAGAGAUAUUUCAAGGGACCAGUGAAAAACAACAAAUAAAUCGAGUACUUACCGAAUCACCCAUAAUAAUUUCCUUGUUGGUUAAUGAUGGUGGCACAAUAUUUUUAUCCUCCUUCCUAAUAAACACAAUACACAACGAGUGUAACAUAAUUACUAUAAUUUAUGUGAAUUUUCAUUAAAAAAUGUCCAUAACAUCACAAAAUUUGUUCGAGCAUGUUCAAAACAGGACUAGACCAAUGGAUGGACAUGUCGAGAACAUGACAGAACCUUAGGCCGAGCAUGUUGAAAACGUGUCCGGACCGCAAGGCGAACAUGCUUCGCCAUGGUUCCAAACAUGCUGCGCGGAUGCCUGACGGGUGGGAGGGGUGGGUUGGCAGCACGUCCGCUCCAUGGCCGAGACAGAUUUUCAACAUGUUUGGACAGCGGUCGGGGCAAGUUUUCAACAUGCUCGACCCAUUUUUCUGGAAAAAAAUGAAAACGAAAUCAAACCUUUAGUCCAAGCGCCUGCAUGCUAUGGCGACCGGAAAAUAAUGAUGCCUCUACCUCCGACAAACUCGCCGGAAUCCAACAAAAAUUUACCAAUGUAGAAGAUUGUGAAUGAUUUUUGUGGUGUUAGUGUUUUGUUCUAGUUUUUGGGCUGAUAUUUGUGUUCUUUUUUUGUUUCAGAAAGAGUUCAAAUGGAUUGGGUUCUUAACUCUAGGAUGGUUGAACCAUAAAAUUAAAUGAAGGACAUUUAUGUAAUUACCUAUGUUUUAGGGCGAUAGAAUUUAAAUAUUUAGGGCGACGAAUAGGAACACUCAAAAAGAAAGAUAGGAAGAAAAUGAGAGAAAAGGGCGCCCAGCCACCUAGACCACGGCCCCAAACCACUACGGUCCGUCGUCGUUCGUCAGUCUCAGUCUUCUUUUCUUCUUUUUGGAGGCUUUCUCUUCCUUCCAUGGAACCAGCCGUUGCCACAGAGACGGAGCGAAUCCAGCCACAAUCUCACUCCUUCACUCCCUCUUCCUCCGCCUCCGCCACCGCCGCCGUCGCCAGCAAAAACAUGAUUACUGCUCCGUCGGCACCGGCUCUUCUUCUUCUUCCCCUUCCCCACAACUCCUCCUCUAUUUGACUUCCUUACUUUCCAUUUAUCACUUCCUUGCUGUAAUUAAAAUCCGACCCUCCCUUCCUAGCAGCUUUUUUCUUCUUUUUUUUUUUGGGUUGUUCUUCUUAUAUUUACUUACCGUCUCCUAUCUCUCGAAAACAGUUGGCGGAAGAGCAGCUCCUCUGUUUGUUUAGAUCUAUCCGAAUCGGCCCUCCCCCUUUUCUUUUGUCGGUGGGGGGUUGAUUAUUCCCUGUAUAGUGUGUCUGUGAACCCUAUUCUUAUUCUUUCUCUUCGCUCCACUGCUGUUCAAACGUUGGAUUAGGGUUUCGCUACUCUAGCUAGGGGGGGUUUCUUUUCGUUUCUAUUCUCCGCGCUCCCGUGGGUUCCUUCCGUUUGUUCUUCUCCGAUGGAGCCCCGUGUUGGCAAUAAGUUCCGGCUCGGUCGUAAGAUCGGCAGCGGGUCGUUCGGGGAGAUCUAUCUGGGCACGAAUAUUCAAACCAAUGAGGAGGUUGCAAUUAAGCUGGAGAGUGUGAAGACAAAGCAUCCUCAGCUGUUGUAUGAAUCCAAGUUAUACAGAAUCUUGCAGGGAGGAACUGGUAUUCCAAAUGUGAGGUGGUUUGGUGUUGAAGGAGACUACAAUGUUCUGGUGAUGGAUUUGCUUGGUCCUAGUCUUGAAGACCUAUUUAAUUUUUGCAGUCGGAAACUCUCUUUAAAGUCUGUUCUUAUGCUUGCAGAUCAGAUGAUCAAUCGAGUAGAAUUUGUUCACACUAAGUCCUUCUUACAUCGAGACAUCAAGCCAGACAAUUUUCUGAUGGGUCUUGGAAGACGGGCCAAUCAGGUAUACAUCAUUGAUUUUGGUUUGGCUAAGAAAUAUCGGGAUAGCUCAACUCAUCAGCACAUUCCAUACAGGGAAAACAAAAGUUUGACUGGCACUGCUAGAUAUGCAAGCAUGAAUACUCAUCUUGGGAUUGAGCAAAGCAGAAGGGAUGAUCUAGAGUCUCUUGGUUAUGUUCUUAUGUACUUCCUGAGAGGAAGCCUUCCUUGGCAGGGACUAAAAGCAGGAACGAAGAAACAGAAGUAUGAGAAAAUUAGUGAAAAGAAGGUUUCUACUUCAAUUGAGGCCUUGUGUCGGGGAUAUCCAAGUGAAUUUGCUUCGUACUUUCAUUACUGUCGUUCAUUACGGUUCGACGAUAAGCCAGAUUAUGCAUACUUGAAAAGAAUAUUCCGUGAUCUCUUCAUUCGUGAAGGCUUCCAGUUUGAUUAUGUCUUUGACUGGACAAUAUUGAAGUAUCAGCAAUCCCAGCUGGCUAAUCCUCCUGCUCGUGGCCUUGCUCCGGGUGUUGGAACUAGUUCUGGAAUGCCUCCUAUUGCCAAUGUGGAUAGACAGACAGCUGAAGAGGCACGUCCUGCUGCUGGGCAGUCCAUGGACCCCGCUCGACGGAGAUUCUCUGGACCAAUAUUGAACUCUGGAAGUUAUACAAAUAAUAAGCAAAAGAGUCCGGUUGGAAAUGAUGCUCCUAAGGAUCCCAUUUUACCAAGCUCCAACUUCUUGGGUCGAUCGUCGAGGCGUGCUGCAGCAGCUGUUUCGAGCAGCCAUGGCGAUAUGUUUGCCGCUGGAAGAAGCGAGUCUGGUGGAGGUGCUGGUCUGGUGAAAGUUUCGAGUGGUCAAAGAAGCCCCCCUCCUGUUGGUUCGUCGGGGGACCCUGCCAGGCGUACAUCAUCCUCUGCUAGAAAUACAACGCAGAUAAAGACUACAUUUGAAUCCGCCCUGAAGGGAAUCGAGGGUCUGACUGUUGACAGUGAUGACAAAGUUCCAUAUUAAGAGAGAUUCUCUCUAUAUCUUCUGCAAGCAGGCUGAGGCAGGCAGCUGAUAAGCAUGAACUAAAAAUUUGUUUGUAAAGCAGGAGGAUCUCCAAUGAUGUGUGCUGUUAUUGCUCAGCUGGGUAGACUAGUUUGGUACAAGGGUGUGAUGAGUUUGUUGUUGAAGGUGGAAAAAGAGUGUAAGGCCGGAUUUUAUUUCCGGUUUGAACACCCGGGAAGUGCACAUACAUGAAAAUAGAGAGGCAAAGCUUCUGGGGAUUGAAUUGUUGCUCUCUGCAACAGAUGCUGUGUGUAAGCCAUUUUAGUUCCAACUAUGAAUUUGCGCCCGUUUAAACCAUCCCAGGUUGAUCAUAUAAUUUGCCAUGGUCAUCUUAAGCUUUAAAUCUUCUCAUAUCGUUGUAAUUCCACCGCGUAAGAUUUCGUUUAUCCUGCAUUUGCUUUUCAGUUCACACGACCAUAUCCUUGGUAUCUCGAUUAUUGGCGUGAGCCAGGUUGCACAUUGACAGGUUUUCGGCAUCACCAAUUCAUCAAUGUAGUGAAUUUGCUUGUUCUUUGGUAUUUGCUACUGCUCACUUCUCAUAAUCAGAUUCUAAGAUCUUCUAAGCUCUCUUCUGCACUUUUUUCCACUGUGGCGGCAAAUGAGAAAUUUGGGGAAUAUGAAUUGUUAAGAAUGGUAUGUAUAGUCCAAACUGUAAUUCACAAAACCAAAAGGGGGACGCAGCUCCGUCACUAAUUUGUGUUCGUAGCUCACUCGACCUUUCUUCCAACUUCUCAACGAGUCUCAACUAUAAUUUUGUGAAUCUUGUUCACUUCUUCAUUCAUAAACCACACUUUGUCGCAGAAUAGACAUUUUGAUGUUAAUAUUUAUGAUGUUGGUGCAAGUUGGUAUAAACAAUUGCCCCAAGA